AUGACAGUCAAUGACGAUGACUUUGGGUGCUUCGGUAGCGACUCGGAAGAGUCGGAGGUGUCGUCGCAAGAGAGCGUCAAUCCACCAACAGGCAGCAGCAGCAGCGACGAUGAGCAACGCCGACGACUACUAGAAGAUGCACAUAUGCGACAAAUGGCAACGGAUGCUGCUGCAGCAGCUCAUCGCAAUCGGCGACCUGUGAUCAGUCCCGAUUUUGAAGUCUUUGACACGAGUACUGCUGCCAAUAGCAAUAACGACUGUAAUAGAGGCAUGGGGUUGCGGUCCCUGCGAAAAUAUUCCUGCGGAGACGAGAUUUUGAGAGAGCACGCCGUCAUGAGAGUUCCAAACCAGCAGGCCGCUGUCAGCCUGGAAGAAGCGAAAGCCAUGCAUAGUGUGGCAGUCCAUCAGUCGUUUGACCGGUUGUCCGCCGAAACGAAACAAUUCGUUCUAGAAUUGGCGAAUAGUUAUCCAUCGACAACAACGACACAAGCAGUGGAACAACCUGGUCAGCAAGAAAUAGUGGGAGUGUAUCAGACAAACAGCUUUCGAUUGGGAGAAGAAGAAAGCAAUAAUUGCGGAGGCUUGUUUCUAACGAUUUGUCGCAUCAACCAUUCCUGCCGGCCCAAUGCAAAUCAUAGUUGGAGAGCCGAUCUGCAAGCAAAGACCGUAUAUGCCACACAAGACAUUGAUGUAGGGGAAGAGAUCUGUAUCACGUACGGGACAUCGGGAGAGUGCCUUGACACGGCCGGACGACGGGCAUAUCUCAGCGAACGCUUCUCUUUUGAGUGUGGGUGUCACAUGUGCACCGAAAGCGACCCGCAGGGCAACAAUGACGGCGACAGACGCAUGAAUGAGUUGAAUUCGAGACAGCAGGAAAUACCCCUCUUGUUGGCGACGGCAGCAGCAGCGUCGUCCGAUACAGACGAAGCGGGUGGUGGAGAAACGGCAGAACGUGUCCUUGAGUCUGUGGAAAGAUGUUUGCUUCUCUUGAGAGAGCAAGGGUUCGGGACCACUGCAGGAGGAGAAUACGUAAAGCCAAUCCUUCACUACGGGUACCAGGCGUGUCUAUUGCUGAGACGGGAUUCUAGAGGACGCUUGCUAGAAGAAUCGGAACGACGAGCACGCUCCUAUCUGAAUCAAGAGCUGUUGGCUACGAAAAAUGGAGAAGGUAUCGAAAGCCCAAAUGUGCUCAAGUUACAGGAUUUGAUUAAUUCAAUCCCGGUGACAGUGAGAUGA